AUGUUGGACGCGAUGCAAGUCGACGAGCGACUGUCACCCGUGCCCGCGCUUCAGCAGCUGCAGGCACUCCAUCCCAACGCACUCACAUCAUCUUCAGCAUUCUCCCGAUGGGUCGCUAUAUGCUCGCCGGUGCAGUACGCCGCAUUUCCAGGCUACCAACAUGCCUCGAGCCCGCGAUAUGGCCCCGUCCAGCAGCUACAAGGCUCGCCACAGCUAGCCCACCACCAGCCCCUACCUCGUCCACCGCCCGUCCGCGCAGCGCCGCAACAGCCGAUAGUGCAGCCAUUCCAACUACCGGUUCAGCAGCAUGCGCAUGCAGACACAGCAGUGCAGGCUCAAGGCGCCGAUGCGGAUGACGCUCCCGCAUCCAACCACGGCCAAUUCCAUGGGCUGAGGUUGAUACCGGACCCGCCAGAUCUCGAGGCAUGGCGACAGAAGCUAUUCGAUGUGGACGAAAUGAUUACGCUGAAUGAGGACGAAUUCAAGAUAUAUUUCCCUCACAUCGACAACGUCUAUUCACACCGCUCCACCCAACGCCACAAGCGCAAGCGCUUCGUCUCCCACUACUGGGACUGUCGACUCAAGGGCCGUCCUCCUGGAACAAAGAAGUCGACAGAUCCGGACAAGAAGAAGAGGAAGCGCGUUGCAAGGGAGCGGGACCUGUGCGAUGUCAAGAUCAAGAUCACCGAGUACUUUGAUCACCAGGAGUAUGUUGAGCAGGUAGGCCAUGAUCCACCUGAUACGGGCGGAGACGCCACGAGCCAGAGUCAGAACUUCUUUGGGCAAACGCAGAUGGGGCAACAAUCGCGAGAUGUUGAUGGCUGGGACAUGCCCACGAAUAUGGCCCAGUCAAUACCACAGUUCGCAACUGGUCCAGGCUCACCCUCGACAUCGCGCUCUUCGUCGAAGAAAUACUAUACGUUCCAGCGUGUCAAUGGAAACGGCGGCAACGGCAAAGGCGAUGGCGUAGCCGGCCCACAUAAGCAUACACUCGAGGAGAGCGAUAGAGUCAAGAAGAAUAGCGUGUUUAGAUGGCUAGCCAAACGUGAGAAGGGCGAUCGGAGAAAGUCACAGGUCAGUGUCUCUUCUUUUUCAGGCGUGAUCGUAUGCGCAGUUCACCUGCUUUCAAAACGUUCGCUGCUUCAGGCGAAGGCCACAAGUUACAUUGGGAGUCUUCAAACACUUCUAGAGCUCGCAGCAUCCGGGCCUGCGGAGAACCUAGAAACCAUUCGAUCCAACAUGACUGAUACCAACCAGGGCGGCGACCCCACCAAGAAAACAUACCACAAAAAGGCCACCGGCAACGCCUGGACAACCGUCAAGAACCACUCCCAAGAAAACGACCUAAAGCUCUACGGUAGCGCAUUCUGGUCCGUCUCCCUCUCUCUCUCUCUUGCCCCAAACUUCCCCCUUCUAACACCUCACAGCCCCUUCGUCCAACGCGUCUGGAUCUCCCUCGAACACAAGAACAUCCCCUACCAAUACAUCGAAGUCGACCCCUACAGGAAGCCCCAAUCUCUCCUCGCCGUCAACCCGCGCGGCCUCGUCCCCGCCCUGCGCCACGGCCCCACCUGGUCCACCCACGAAUCCACCGUCAUCAUGGAAUACCUCGAGGACCUGCAUGCUGGCCCGCCUUUACUCCCCGCGGAUGCGCAGUCCCGCGCGACGCAGAGACUCUGGGCUGACCAUGUGAAUCGCAACGUUAUCCCGUGUUUUUAUAAAUUACUCCAGGCGCAGGCCGAGAGGGAGCAGGUGGAGCAUGCAAAGGAGCUGCGGGAGCAGAUUAAUUGCGCCGUGGGUGUUGCGGCUGAGGAGGGUGCUGGGGCCGUAUAG